AUGAGCCCUGCCGGCCGCGGCUUCGCUCUCUCGGCGGCGGCCGCCGCCGUCGUCCUCCUGUUGUCCCUGCAGCUCGCCGCCGGGGUGCCGCGAGUCCAGAACCAUGCCGAACACCGGCGGCGCGGCAUUUCCACCUCCACCGCCGCCGCCGGCGGCGGCAGCGGCGCGUGCGCGGUGGCCGUGGCGCCGUUGGGCUACCCCUGCGAAGAGCACGAGGUGACGACACAGGACGGCUACAUCCUGAGCUUGCAAAGAAUCCCCAAGGGACGCACCGGCGCCGGCGGCGGGGUGCGGCAGCCGGUGCUGCUGCAGCAUGGGGUUCUUGUGGAUGGCAUGGUAUGGCUGCUGGGGUCGCCGGAGGAAUCGUUGCCCUACAUCUUGGCCGACCGGGGCUUCGACGUCUGGAUCGCCAACAACCGGGGGACACGCUGGAGCCGCCGCCACGUCUCGCUUCACCCGUCAAGCCGGAGCUACUAGGACUGGUCAUGGGACGAACUUGUGGUCAACGACAUGCCUGCCAUCGUUGACUACGUUUCGAGCCACACUGGCCAGAAGCCACACUACGUUGGCCACUCCAUGGGGACGCUGGUGGCGCUUGCAGCUUUCUCUCAGGGCAUGAUGGUUGAUAAGCUGAAAUCAGCUGCAAUGCUCAGCCCUGUUGCAUACCUGUCUCACAUAACCACUCCCAUUGGCAAUGCUUUAGCUAGAUCAUUCACUGGAGAGGUCGUCUCUGAUGUCCUUGGCAUCCCCGAGUUCGACCCAGCAUCUCCUCAGGUGUCUAACUUGGUCAGAGAAACCUGUCGCAAGCCUGGCAUGAACUGCUACGGCCUCCUUCCAUCUGUCACAGGGGAAAACUACUGUCUGAACAGUUCAGCAGACGACAUCUUCCUCAAGUACGAGCCCCAGCUAACGUCCACAAAAACCAUGGCCCAUCUCGCUCAAAUGGUGAGAGAUGGAGUUCUGACCAAGUACGACUACGUGAGGCCGGACGUGAACGUGGCCAGGUACGGUCAGGCCGACCCGCCGGCGUACAACAUGUCGGCGAUCCCGGCGUGGUUCCCUCUCUUCCUCAGCUCCGGCGGCCGCGACUCGCUGUCCGACCCCGCCGACGUCGGCCUCCUCCUCGACGACCUCCGGGGCCACGCCGGCGACCGGCUUACGGUGCAGUACCUGCAGCAGUUCGCGCACGCCGACUUCGUCAUCGGCGUCUGCGCCAAGGACUUCGUCUACAACGACGUCAUCUCCUUCUUCCAUCGAUUUCGCUGA